AUGUCAUCACAAAAUGAUAAUUCAGAUUCUUCUACCUUUUCAACAUCUGGAUUUUCUACCUCUGGAGUUUCAAGUUUCGCAAAAUGGAUAAAAAGUCAAUUAUCACGUAGUGAUAAAUCAUCUAAAGAAAAAUCUACAAAACCCUUUACACCUUUAAAAAAUACCACAAGAGUUUUUGCUACCUUUCCUGGUCCUUCAAAACUUUCAUCAAAAUUUUCUCGUAAAGUUGUUGAGAAAAGUUUGAAACGUUCAAGGUCUUUAACAUCAUCAGCAAAUAAUAAUAAUGUCACCUCUACCACCACACAUAACUCGGCCACGAAUAAAAGGGGGAAUCAAACGAUGAAAAAGAAACGUCCAAAUAGUAUUUGUGCCGAACCAAAUUAUUGGGUUAAUGAAGAAAUUCUUGAAAGUGCCGAUCUCAUACCGAAGACCAUAUUUUCAGAGCCGAAUAUUUAUGAAUUAACACAAAAAGAUUUUGUAUCAGGACCUUCAAAAGAAGAUUGUUUGGAAAAUACUUUUAUCGUUCGUGGAUCUAUUGAACAUUUUGCUUAUGUAAGAACUUUACGCAAAAUAAGUGCAGCUCGAAAUCGACCAAGACCUUUUUAUCAAGCUUUUAUGUUAAAAAAUACCAUAACAAAACUUUCAAAUACACCAGAAUUUUCGGAUUCACAACGUGAAGAAUUACUUAGAUACAAGACAAUGAUUUAUUCAUUAAAUAAUAAAAAACGUUUCGUUGAUUCACAAGUUGACAAUUAUAAUUCACCUUAUAAAAAUUCAAAUUCAACAAUAUCCUUGACUUCAUCCUUAUCAGGAAUUUCAUCCUCAUCAGAAAUUUCAUCCCCAUCAGUGAUUUCAUCCUCAUCUGUGAUUUCAUCCUCAUCAGUGAUUUCAGGGCGUUCAUCCACUUCCAAGUCACCAUGUCAACUUUCUACGUCUAAUAAACGAAUAACAUUUUUAACGGAAUAUAAACCAUCAUAUUCACCGAUUGUAAUGAAUUAUCGACCUUCAUAUGCAUCAACAAAAGUUUUGACGAUUUUUGAUGAAACAUUAAAUAAAUUGGUCACCAAAGAUUUACCACUUGCACGAAGAAGAAAACGAUUAAGUAAAACUAGUAUUUCAAUUAUAAUACCCAGAAAUACACAGAGUUAUAAUACAAAGUUAUGGUGGUGCCCUCAGGACUCUUAG